AUGGUCAAAUUCUGGAUCCUCGCUAGCAUCGCAGCAGCCAUCUCAACCGCUACCGCUUCCAACCUCCUCCAAGUACAAAACAUCCCUCUCAACCUCGCCGUCGAGAUCGCCCAGAAUGCAGUUCAAUCUUGCGCCAAGCAGCAAUACAGCGUUUCCGCAGCUGUGCUCGACCGCGAGGGCGUCCUGCGAGCCCUCCUUCGCGCCGACGGUGCGGGAGUUCACACCCCCGAUGCGGCACGCCGCAAGGCCUACACAGCUGCCUCAGCACGAACUGUGACCAGCACUAUGGUGAAGAACAUUCAGAACCCCGGUGCCGCCCAGCUCGUCGCAAUUGACAAUUUCUUGAUUCUCGCCGGUGGUGUGCCAAUUAAGGUUGGAAAUGAGACGAUCGGUGCCAUUGGCGUUGGUGGUGCUCCUAGCGGGGACUUUGAUGAAGCUUGUGCUCAGGAUGCGCUCAAGCAGGUGGCGGACAAGUUGCAAUAG